CCGUUUCUUCUUUAUUCACACAAUCAUACAUCACACAUGGAGGCACUUUAUUCUUCUCGCUCACUGGUAGGUGACCCGAACCUUUCUCUCUCACUUCCCCAUGAGUGAGUUCAAAGCCGCCUACUCUGCUCCUCCUCCUCCUCGGCAGCGAUUUGGUUGACGGCGUAAGAGUCCAAGAAGGUCGGAUGAACAGCACGUCAGGCGAGGCAACUAAGGGCGUGGGUCGCAGGCCGCCGUUCACGGAGGUGCAGUGGCAGGAGCUGGAGCACCAAGCGAUGAUCUAUAAGUACUUUAUGGCAGGGCUUCCCGUGCCGCCGGAGCUCAUAGUUCCCGUCCAACGAAGCUUCGAGGUUUUGCCUGGCCGUUACUAUCACCGCCCUGCGCUAAGUUACUGUUCUUACUACGGAAGGAAGCUGGACCCUGAACCUGGGCGGUGUCGUCGCACCGAUGGGAAGAAGUGGAGGUGCUCAAAGGAUGCGCAUCCUGACUCCAAAUAUUGCAUACAUCACAUGCACCGAGGUCGCAACCGUUCAAGAAAGCCUGUGGAAUCACAAUCUAUCUCCCAAUUACAGUUAUCUUCAUCAACUGGGACCACCACGUCUCCCACUGCAGGGUCCUCCGUUCCCCAGCAUUCUAUUACAGAACGUAGCGAUACGUCAAGUUUGUUCCUUGCUUCCUCAAGCUCCUUGCAGCUGCAUAUGGACCCUGGUCCCUUAGAGAGCAGAUACUUGUCUAGUACUAAACCUGGAAUGGCUGAGCAUACUUUCCUCACUGAAACAUCUGGUUCUGCAAGGGGUCAAGGGAUCUAUAGCAUUGACAACUUAUGGCACUUGACAUCUCCUCGAGUAUCUUCAUGGCCUUCGACAAAAUUUAGCACCCCUUAUUCUGUGCAAACUACUUACCCUCAAUUCCCAGUGGUGCAGCAUCUCAGUCAGGCAACCCUCAGCCCAGUAUCCAGACAACAGCAUUCUUUCAUUAGAAGUGAGGUUGAUGCACCAGCAACUACAAAACAUGAGGGUCAGUUCGUGUUGCCUUUUUUUAAUGAAUGGCUGAAGACACGGGAAUCUUGGUGUAAUCUCGAAGAGGAUAGAUCCAAACUAGCAUCCAUCUCCACAACCCAGCUCUCAAUGGCCUUUCCAAUUGCUGCCUCAGACAUAUCUACAUCCUCUUCCAAAUCCUCCAAGAGUGAGUCUGCAUCCAGUCACACUGAACCCACUUAAUAUGAUUUGACUCAGCUUCGUUGAGGAUGUGUAGCUCUUGGUUGUGACUGACAACCAUCUAAUCAGAAUGUGCGUCGGAUUCAAUGAGUUAUGAAUUGCUUUGAGAAAGAGCAGAGCUUGUUGCUAGUACGUUGUCGUCUUUCUUGUUAGGUUUAGUUAUAAAAUUUACUGUCUGGUUUUGUUGUUACAAUUUUGCACUGAACUGCCUCACUUUAGGUUUAGUUAUAAAAUGAUGCAUUCAAGAAAGUUGUUUGGUUCUGGAUGUUUUUAGCCA